AUGUCAUCCUCAUCACAAGAUACCAUCACGCUCGCCGAUUACGUCUUUGCAAGACUCCAUCAACUUGGCAUUCGCUCUGUCUUUGGAGUUCCUGGCGACUACAAUCUUCGCUUGCUGGACUUCGUUGAGCCUGCAGGCUUGCACUGGGUUGGCAAUUGUAAUGAAUUGAACUCCGCAUAUGCUGCCGAUGCCUACGCUCGAAUCCAUGGUGUGAGUGCCCUGAUCACCACUUUUGGCGUGGGAGAACUCAGUGCCGUCAAUGGUAUUGCUGGUGCAUACGCGGAAAAGGCUCCCAUCAUCUCUAUUGUCGGCACUCCAGCCAGAGCUACGCAAGAGGCCCGUACCAAUGUACACCACACAUUCGCCGACGGUGACUUCAAUCGCUUUGCGGCUAUGCACACACAUGUGACUAUCGCCCAGACAAACCUCUUGGAUCCUCGUACUGCUCCCGAGCAGUUCGAUGUGACUGUGCAGCAGGCCCUGAUCCACAGCAGACCAGUAUAUAUUCAGCUUCCGACCGACAUGGUAGACGUGAAGGUGUCUGCGGCCGGUUUAAAAUCCAAAAUCUCCCUGCCUCCAAUCUCAAGUGGCGACAACGAGUCGCAAGUGUCUGGUCGCAUUCUUGAGCUGAUGCAUUCUGCUAAGAAGCCUUUGAUUUUUGUCGAUGGCGAGAGCAGAUGUUUAGACAUCCUUGAAGAGAUCAAUGACCUUGUCAAGGCUACCGGAUGGCCUGUGUGGACAUCGCCCUUCGGCAAAGGUUUGGUAGAUGAGCAUCUCGAAAGCUUUCAAGGCAUUUACAGUGCCGACUUAGGCAGCGAAGGUGCAAAGUCCUACUUUGAAUCAGCAGAUCUCGCUUUGGUGUUUGGUCCUCACUACAGCAGCACCAACACUGGCUUGUUCUCCUCCAUUCCGAAGCAAGCAAUCUCAGUGUCAUUUUCCGAACGUCAUGUCAAGAUCGCGACUGAGAUUACUCGUGACGUUUCGAACAAGAAGCUUGUAGCAAUGCUAUUGGAGCAACUGGACCAUAGCAAGAUAUCGAAGCCUGAAGCCAUGUCGAAGCCAUCAAAGGUAACCUCUUCUGUCGAAUCGUCUGGCUCACUCACUCAAAAGGACUUCUACCGUGUCAUUAAUCCCAUGCUUAAGCCCGGAGAUAUUGUCAUGGGCGAAACUGGCACAGCCUCUCAUGGCACUCGUGAUCUUGUGCUCCCAAGCGGAAGUUAUUAUUUCACGGCUGUCACGUGGUUGAGUAUUGGCUACAUGCUACCUGCAGCCUUGGGUGCGUCACUUGCCCAGCGCGAUUCUGAGAACUGGAGAAAAAGAUCAGGCAGCAAGGAUACCUCCAAAGACCGAGUGGUUCUCUUCAUCGGCGAUGGAAGUCUGCAAAUGACUGUCCAAGAGAUCAGCACCAUGAUCAGAGAAAAGUUGAAUAUCAUCAUUGUAGUCAUCAACAACGACGGCUAUACCAUCGAGCGUGUCAUUCAUGGACGCAAGCAAACAUACAACGACAUUGCACCUUGGAGAUAUCUGCAAGCGCUCAACAUGUUCGGCGCCACUGAAGAAGAGGUGGAGACCAACACGUUCUCUGCACGAACUUGGCGUGAACUAGAGGCAGCGAUAGGAUGUGGCUUACUCACCAAUGGGGAAGGUGUAAAGAUGCUCGAGGUUUUCAUGGAGCGAGAAGAUGCGCAGGGCCUCUUGUUGAAGCUUUUGAACAAUCAGAAAGCUCGAGAAGCCGAAGCGUCCAAGAAGUGA